AUGAUUGCUCAGCGCACUACAUCGUUGUUAGCUAUCGUGGCUAUUGUCGGCUUUGUUUUAUUCAUCUUUUCCAGGUCGUCGGGAACCAUCUCCGAGUCAGUGCCAAGCGUCAAAUUCGGUCCCUCGCGGUAUAUUCCAACCUCGUUUGACGACUUUCGCCAUCCUUUCCGUCCAGCCGCUCACAAACCACCUGAGCAACAACAUAGCACCAGCGGGGAGUCGAAGUGGUACAGUGACUGGAAAUGGAUGAACCCAUUCUCGUCGUCCAUCACACUCGAUGAACAUCGUACCGUCCUCCCUCCCUUGCCGGAACGUCCGCCCGUGUACACCUUUUACGAACCAAACAAGAAGGACGAUGAUGCAGAAAAGAAUGCAGAUAGUGAGCUGCUGCUUGCCUGGCGACGCGCAUGGUAUGCAAAAGGCUUUCGGCCUGUAGUACUCAGUCAAGCCGAAGCAUUAAACAACCAGUUGUACGAAGAUUUUCAACUACGACGGCAACAAUUAAAUCUUGGCCCAGAGCUAGAGUUGGAUUUCGUCAAGUGGCUCGCCUGGGGUAACAUGGGCACAGGCUUGUUCGCCGACUGGCGUUGCUUUCCGAUGGCCGGCUACGACGAUGACAUCUUCACCUAUCUCAGAGCCGGUGCUCUACCCACCCAUAUCACACGAUUUGAAGAUCUAGAUAGAGCCUUAUUUGCAGGAGAGAAGAACGUCAUCAAUGAUGCGAUCAAGGCCGCGACAGAAGCUGCAGACAAAAUCCAAGACACCCUUCCCACAUCCAUCAUUAAGCUUAUUCCUGCAGAGAUGUUUAAGAUGGAACAUUCUGAUGCAUUGGCAUACUAUCAUGAUAGCACUAUCACAAGCUCUUACCCUAAGCUUGCCGAGAAACAUGUUUCUUCGACAGUAAAUGGCCGAUUAGCCCUGGCAGAGCUGAUUAAUGCACAUCUGCAUACCACUUUCCUCAAUAUCUUUCCGUCUGGUAUCGCCGUACUCAAACCGCUUCCUGAACACACGUCUGCACUGAUAGAGCCUGCAAUGCAUUUGGCCAAAUCGCUUAUCAAGUGCCCUCGCUCAGAAUCACCGUCUUGUCCUCCUAAUCGACCUACGUGCCAGCUGUGUGACCCACAAUCCAAACCACUUCCCAUUUCACAGCCACAGUCAUUCAAGAACACUACCACUGCUUAUACUAUUGGAACAUUACCGCAUCCGUACACUCUCAUCAGCCUUCAACAUACCUCCGGAGAUAUUGAUGUGAAAUAUAUCCGCCGGGAGACCUCACGCAACCCCUGGUUAACUGAAGUGACCAAAGAGCUUCUCGGCCCUGAUCAUGGGGAAUCCUCGCGAGCAGUCGCAUUCAAGGAAACUGUUGCCGGAGAUGAUUUUGUGUGGCGAACCUUUUGGAUGACGGUGGAGACAUUCCCAGCUCAGCCUGGCCAAGAGCCACCCUCCACCGUGUUGGAUGAACUCGAAUGGCUUUUCGGUUUUAAGAUUCCACGGGACGAGCCUAAAAAUACUGAGGAUAGCAAAAAGACGCCGGAGAAGGCGCAAGAUGGAGAAGAUAAAAAGCCUGAAACCAAACCAAACGCGAUCCUGGAACAAGAGUACGAGUUGAUUAGCAAAGCCCGUGAACUCCUCCGUGACAAGCAAACGAACCGUAUCAGCAUUCGCAAUGUCGCAGAAGCCUGGAAUUUGGCUGAUGUGGAGGUGUGGCGCUUCGUGCAAGCCUACAGGGCACGCAGCGCAGUGGAACGAGAGCAAUGGGAGGAAGAAGAGAAGCAGUUUGUUGGAGUUAGGGUGAAUUAA